AUGUCUCUGGCACCCCCAGGCCCAAAGCCAGUCCUAAGCAAGAGAAAGCUGAACCGUGCAUGUAUCGAAUGCAUGCGCCGCAAGAUCCGUUGCGAUGGAUUUCUCCCUUGCAACAACUGCCAAUGGUAUAGUGUUCAAGAUCGAUGCGCAUACCGGCAAAGGAAUAAGAGAACAAACCCUUCCUGGAAACUUGUCGAACAGUUAACAGAGGCUGUCGAAGCUCGCAAUCGGAUACUGGCGAAGCUAUUGCCAUCACUUGACUUUGAGAGCUUACCAGAUCUACGUCGCGAUGAUAUCGUCCAGCUCCUCAGCAGUGAGCAGGACAGCAAUCACGGCACCCCAGCUCAGGACCAGGAUCGCUAUCGAGACUCUCACUCUGCCGACGGAAACGCGGCCGACGACGAUGAACACGAAUGGGAUGAGUCUGCCAGACAGCAGGACUACACUUCGCCCAUCGCCGACGACGUCAAUGGCUUAGCCUUGAGCCACGGAAACAGUUCGUAUUUGGGCACUUCGUCUAUCAGCAUAGCUCUACGGUCCAUUUUUGCGCUCUGUCCGACCGCGAAGCAAGCUUUUCUCCGGCUCAGUAACACUUUAUCAAGCAGUGCCGCCAGGGGUAAAGAGCCUGUUGCUGCUGCACUAUCGCAUAGCCCGCGAGAUAUUGCGCCACUUCCUUCCUCUUUUCCGAUUCCCCAGGAGCAGCUCGCGAUUGAUGCAUACUUUGACAACGUGCACCUAAUGCUGCCCAUGGUCGACGAGACUUGGUUCCGUACUGAGUUUACUACUCGGGGACGAACGGACGACGCGUGGGUCGCUCUUUCAGGCAUGGUGCUGGCUCUUGGGUCGAUUGCCGCAGGAGAUGACCGAUCGCAUACCAGCUACUAUGCUGUUGUACAACAAGUCACGGGGCACAAUGUCUUUGCCUCUGGACAUCUGGAGAUGCUUCAAGCACUAAUACUGCUUGGAGGCUCGUACUUACACUACAUUAACUCACCCAAUACUGCAUAUUUGAUAUUAGGGACGGCGUUUCGCAUGGCGACAGCCAUGGCUCUCCACCGCGAUCCUGCCGCGGUUCCCUCAAAUUUCCGACACCAUUCUGUUGACCUAAGUUCUACCCUCCCAGUUGGCUACUCCUUACCUCGACCCGAGUUGAGGCGGAGGACUUGGUGGUGCCUGAUUUGCAGCGAUGCUUGGAGUGGUAUACUCCUUGGUCGACCUUCCAUGACUCGAUGGGAUCCUCUUACCAUGGACACAGGCAUGCCAAGCGACGAGCCUAGCCAGCAGGCGAACAUAGGCCGACAGUAUCAAGCGAAGCAGGGGGACCUGUCGGGUACCUCACUGAGACUGAGCUCACAAUUCUGCAUUAUAUCGUCAAAGAUCGAGUACAGGCUGUCCCAACUGUCGCGUCUCUCGUCCCGUGAAAUCCUUGCCUUCGAGAGUCAGCUGCUAGCAUGGGAAAAAUCACGACCGAGUAUCUUCAAGUCCGGCACUACGUGUCCGGAACGGGUACGGAAUGUCCGUGAUAUUGUCUAUCAUCGCUUUCAGAUCGCACGUAUCGUCAUGUCCAGGCCUCACCUCCUCCGGCUCGCUGAAAGCGUGGCAUCGUGUCAGUGGUUUACCAACGAAGACUGGCACGUGGUCUCCAUAUGCCGCGAUGCAGCGUCGGAGCUCAUCAACAGUAUCACCACUAACCGGCUCCGCACGAGAAUAUCUGUUUGGCAUACAUCCUGGUACCUUUUUCAGGCCUGCAUGGUUCCUCUCUUAUCCGUUAGCCUCAACGACAGACUGCCUGCGGAGGCAAAGCUCGAGGACGCCCUCAUCAGCGGCUACCAAGAGGAGGUCGAGAGAGCUGUACGCACCUUCAAAGACAUGGCGCCAUGGACAAGGUCGACAGACAAGUACGGCGAAGUCAUCGAGGCCUUGUAUACUGGCGUGAUCGGACAGAGAAAUCAAGCCACGGCAUCGACGCUGCAGUAUAAUCCUGGAGUUCUUGGAGGCUUCACGGCUGUGAACUUGGGCAGUCCUUCCGCCCUUGAUCAGCAGACCCUCGACAUGUUCGACACUUUCCCGGAUUGGUUCGACUACGAGCUCGUAUUUGGAGCAGAACUGGGAGAGUAG